AUGCGUUUCCAAUCUCUCACCGUGCCCAUGCUGGCGGCUUCGCUGCCUCUGGCUUCCGCUCAGCUCCACCACUACGCAAAGAAGGCCGGUCUGCUGUACUUCGGUGCCGCCACCGACUCCCCCGGACAGCGCGAGCGAGCCGGCUUGGAGGCGUCAUACGAGCAGUACGAUGCCAUCCUGGACGACACCAAUGAGUUCGGCCAGACCACGCCGACAAAUGGUCAAAAGUGGCUCUUCACCGAGCCCGAGCCGGGCGUCUUCAACUUCACGGAAGGCGAGAUCGUCUCCUCGAUCGCCAAGGAGAACGGCCAGCUCCUCCGCUGCCACGCCCUCGUAUGGCACAGCCAGCUGGCGCCCUGGGUCGAGACCACCGAGUGGACCCCCGAGGAGCUCACCGAGAUGAUUGUCCGACACAUCGAGAACGUCGCAGGCCACUGGAAGGGCCGCUGCUACGCCUGGGACGUGGUCAACGAGGCGCUCGAGGAGGACGGGAGCUGGCGGCAGUCCGUCUUCUACAACGUGCUCGGCGAGGACUACAUCAAGCUGGCGUUCCGCACGGCGGCCAGGGUCGACCCGGACGCCAAGCUGUACUACAACGACUACAACCUGGAGACGGUCAGCCCCAAGAGCGAGGGCGCCAAGCGCAUCGUGAAAAUGCUCCAGGACGAUGGCAUCAGGGUCGACGGUGUCGGCCUGCAGGCUCACCACGUCGCGCACCGCGCCCCGACUCUGGACCAGCAGAUCGACGUCAUCCGCAGCUACGCCGAGCUCGGCGUCGAGGUUGCGUACACCGAGCUGGACGUCAGGAUCGAGCUUCCCGUCAACGAGACCAACUUGGAAUGGCAGAGGAAGGCCUACGAGUCUGCCGUCGGCGCGUGUGUCCAGGUCGAAGCCUGCAUCGGAAUCACGAUCUGGGACUUUUACGACCCCUUCAGCUGGGUUCCUUACACUUUUGAGGGCGAGGGUGCCGCCCUGCUCUGGUUCGAGGACUUUAGCAAGCACCCGGCGUACGAGGGAGCACUUGGGGCGUUGAAGAACAAGACUGCUCCCCCUUGCAGGAGACGACGGGGUCUUGACUCUGGAAAGAGCAGGAAGCUCUUCUAG